UGGCGUCGUGGCGCUUCCACUUGCUUCCACUGCAACGUCAGUCGUUGCGGAUGUGACGUUUGCUAUACGCUGUCCACGUAGCUUGUAAAAUUGUAAUUGAGUGGCUUAUACACACGUCAAACAGCACUUCGAAUAGUGUUCUUGAACUGUACGCAAGAACUUCAUUUCAGAAAAUGGAUCAAGUGACGAAGCUUGUUGAACCUGGUCGGCAGUUUGCCAAGGAUAGUAUUCGUCUUGUCAAAAGGUGCACCAAACCAGACCGGAAAGAAUUCCAGAAGAUAGCUAUUGCUACCGCUAUUGGAUUUUGUAUAAUGGGAUUUAUAGGAUUUUUCGUUAAACUAAUCCAUAUUCCUAUCAAUAACAUCAUUGUGGGUUCAUAAACCAAUAUGAAGAAAUUAUUUAUUGUUAAGGAACGUUAAGAUUACUUCCCUCAUCCAAAUCCAUCACUUUUCAGUCCUUAAGUUUAUUUAUGACUCAAAAUUGUAUAUCAUUUGGAAUUGAUUGUGAUUGAAAUAGUUGCGAAGAUGACGUGUGCAUGAUGUUAUGAAUUUUGUAAUAAAAUAGAAAUGGUUGAAAAUACAAUAGACUUCAGUUCUUUUAUUCUAAAUUAAUAAUUUUAGUAGUAAAUGCACAAGUUAUUUUUACUCAUCUAGAUUCUUAAGUGAUUCAAUUACACAUGACACAAUUAUUACUUUAACAAAAUAUUUUAUUAGAAAUCUUAGUGACAGUUAUUAAAACAAAAUAAAUUUCACUUAUAAAGCAUAUAACAAAAUACUUCUCUAGUAAUUGUAUGGAAAUAUAACUGUAUUGCAUAUUUAGGUCAUAUUUAAACGGUUGUUAAAACUU